AUGACAGGGAAAAACGGCGAUGAUUCCUAUGAGCCUCUUGGUGAACUCGGUGACUUCAAUUUAGCCAUUGAAAAAAAAAUUGGGCAGAAGGCAAAUCAAUAUAUAGUUACAGUAUAUCAGGAUGGAAGCAAAGAGCUGAGUCAGCCCAUCAAUAUUCAAAUGGCGCUUAUGUAUUGCAAAGAAUACUCUUCUGUGCACUGGUCCACUAAAAUUGACCGAAAAGUUGAAGACUUGGCCUUUCGCUUCAUGGAUACAAAUAACUGCUCUGCUGCCAAUGUAAUGACACGUUGUGUAGAGGUGUACAAUCAAUGUAUAUAUGGUAUGCUGACUGGGUUGGAUGUAAUGGAUACGUCAGACGAGUGGUACCAAUACAUGGCACCAACCAGCACGCAUACCAUCCUCAAUGAGGAUGAAGAAAGGCCUGUGUAUGCCUUCAACAUCAAUUCAGCUUCCCAAAUGAAGACAGGUGAAGGGAACAUAUGCUUUUCACAUGCCAUGCAGCUCAAUCGCGCCCUCAUUUUGCGGAAGUGCGGAAACAACACAAGCAAAGUGGAAAUGCUAGCGCUUCCAGUUCAAGACCAAAAGGGUACCUUUUCUAACUCCAUUGAAAAAAUCGUGGUAGAUGGAGUGGAUUCAUCGAUCACGGGGAGCCUGAUGGAUGUAACAGAGCGCAAACUAAUGGUAUUUGGUGGGGAACAAAACAAAAUUGGGGAAAUUGAUCUUGAACGAGGGAAAGUCGUGCAGGAGUACAAUCCAGCGAAUAAGUCGAUCCUUUCGAUGGCAUAUAGUGCCAAGACAGCUGGAAACAGUGACGGAAUCUACACCUGCCUCGCCCCAAACGUGGCCUUCAAUAUCGACACACGCAUGAAUCCCAAAUCAUGUGUGGUUUUGGAGAGUGGAAAAGACUUGAGUGAUUAUAGUUUGAAGUCUGCAAAACCGCUUACGUGCCAUGCCACGUCUAGAGCUGGUCACCUCGCAACAGGUGAUUCCGUUGGCAAUGUUCGCCUCUACACUGGGCCACCGGGGUCACGAAAACCAGAGGGCGGCCACUUUCCCAAGACCGCAAAGACCCUCCUCGAUACCAAAACCCCUAUCCUCGCUCUUGAUAUUACAGUUGACGGGAGUCAUAUAUUGGCUACCUGUGAAAAGUUCAUUCUGCUUAUCAAUACCAAAUACCUGGAUAGUGACGGCAAGGAAGCAGAUGGGUUCACAAACAGGAUGGGAAAGAACAAACCGACACCUCUACGUCUGCUGCCAUCGGCGUCGCAAAUCGAAGAAAUGGGCGGUAUGGAUGGGGUAUGUUUUACGAGUGCCAAAUUCGAUGUGGACACAUCCACUGGGGAGCAUUGUGUCACAGCCAGUUGUGGUAUGUAUUUACUAGUCUGGAGCAUGAAAGCGUUGAUGAGAGCAGAAGAAAAAAAUCGAGCCGCGCCAUGCGACAUGGUCUCGGUUGGUCACGCGGCGCUCUCUAUCAACGCACCGCAGUCAUCAACAGUGACCUAUUUAUCAAAGGAUAAUAUUGGCUCAGUGCCAAUAGAAGAGACAAAGAGAUCCUUUAGAAAAUGGACCUGGGGACAAAACGAUUGAUUAAUCUUGAGCACUAGAUAUCUGCAUUUAUCAGAUAAGAUCAUCAAUAAAAAUUUUAUUCGACAUUUAGGUAAUUUAUACAUCGUCAGAAUAGGAAACAGAAAGAAUUAUAGUGAAAA